GAGGGAGAGGGAGGGAGGGAGAGGGGGAAAGAGAGAGAAAAAAAUAAAGUCUGGUGGUUGGUUGGGUCGGUGCGUUUGGCUGUGGCAGAGAGAUCUGAUCAAAGGGGACGUCAGGGACAGCGCAGUGUAAGGAACUUUGACCACUGGAAUCGCCAUAACAGGAGAGAGAGAGAGAGAGGAGAGGGAUAGAGAGAGGGAUAGAGAGAGGAAGCCACGAUCAGAGCAGGAAUCUGUUACUGUGACCCAACCCCUCCACACAGACAGAUCUCCCGACCAUGGCAGGUCUGAGUAUCUGGAUAGUGAGUGUGUUGGUCGGGAUGUUCCUCGGUUGGUUCCUGCUGUUGGGGAACAGGAGGAGAUGGGAAGCAGAACCUCCUUUAGAAACUGGCUGGAUUCCAUACAUUGGCUGCGCUUUCGAAUUUGUUUCAAAUCCUUUCAAGUUCAUGCAGGCUCGACAGAAUAAAUAUGGAGAAAUUUUUACUUGUAAAAUAGCUGGGAAAUUCAUCACUUUCAUCACUGACCCUUUCUCGUACACCUCUGUAAUUCGGCAUGGGAAAAGUCUUGAUUUUCAGAAAGUUGCACUAACCAUUUCAAAAAAUGUAUUUGGUCAUGUAGACUUUACUAAAUAUGAUAUAGGCAAUGAUGAGAUACACAACAUCUUCAACAGGACUCUCCAGGGAUUGUCACUGGGUUCUCUAACUUCAAGUAUGAUGGAAAACCUCCAGUUUGUAAUGUCCCAGGGCAAGUCAUCAUCGGAUUCUAGCAGCUGGACUAUAGAAAACCUUUAUGAGUUUUCCUGCAAGAUAAUGUUUGAAGCUGGGCAUUUAACACUCUUUGGAAAGAAUGAUAAAGCAAUGAAGGGAGGUGAUGUUGAAAAGAUUAAGCAACAGCAUGAUGCCAUUCAGUUUGCAUUGGAGGAAUUUAAAGCGUUUGACACAGUGUUUCCUGCUUUAGUAGCUGGUAUCCCAAUGGGGUUUUUCAAAACUGCCAAGAAAGCAAGAAAGGCUCUGGAAGGCAGAUUGCUGAACAAAACUUUGAGAGAACAAGAUUGUAAAUCUGCCCUAAUAAAGGAAAGAAUGGAGCUUUUUGACAGUUCUAGUUCUCUCGAUGAGCAUAACAAGGCGAAAACCCAUGUCAUAAUGCUGUGGGCAUCACAGGCCAACACUCUUCCAGCUAGCUUCUGGAGUAUUUAUUAUCUAAUGAGGAAUCCAGAAGCUUUGAACGCAGUGAAAAAUGAAGUGGAAAACAUACUUAAGGUUACAAACCAGAAACCUGGAGAUAUUAACAGUCCGAUUAUUUUUACUAGAGAACAGCUGGACAGCAUGACAAAUAUGGGUAGCCUGAUAAAUGAAGUGCUACGUUUAUCAAGUGCAUCAAUGAUGAUCCGAGUGGCGACUGAAGAUUUGCUACUAACCUUGGAUUCAGGGAGAAAAGUGGCCAUUCGAAAGGGAGACCAAAUUGCUUUAUAUCCUCAGCUAUUGCAUUUGGAUCCAGAAAUUUAUGAAGAUCCGCACGAAUUUAAGUACAACAGAUUUUUGGAUGAAAAUGGAAAAGAUAAGACCACAUUCUACAAAAAUGGCAGAAAGCUUAAGUACUACCUCAUGCCCUUCGGUUCUGGCACCAGUAUAUGUCCUGGUCGCCAUUUUGCAAUCAAUGAGAUCAAACAAUUUUUGUCUUUAAUGCUGUGUUAUUAUGACAUGGAACUACUUGAUUUUACAGCACUAUCUCCAACCCUAAAUAACACAAGGGCUGGACUUGGUAUUCUACAGCCAAGUAAUGAUGUCCUGUUCCACUAUCGUUUAAAGCAGCAACCUGCAAAACAAAGCUAAAAACUGGGACAAUGCCAUUCUGAAUUGAAAGGAAUUGCAGGCCUCGUCCUCUGGUUUAUUAUUCUGGACAAGUUGAAACAGCCUGUCAUGAUCUAUAUUGCCUUGCCUCUUUAGAAAAUUGGGUCAAUGCCAACUUAUACAUAAAAUAACAUAAAUAUAAUAUUAUUUUAAUGCAUAAAACUGGUCAUUAAAAGUUGAGGUAUCUUUAGAAACUAGCAAUCAAAUAUCUGUAAACUUGUUACUACUUCCAAUAAUAUGUUACAUCUUAUGGUUCAUUGUAUUGUAACCAAUUUAAUUGAUACAUUUGUUAUACAUACUCAGUAGAACUCUAGAAAUUUCAGUACAGAAGUACAGUAAUUGAUCUUCGUGACAGUAUUCCUUCACUAUUCCAUAUUUACUAAAAUUCCAUUCUCUUUCCCUGUUACUUAUUAUAUUCUUCAAGUGUUUAAUUCCUUUUUAAAUGGUAUUUGACAGCCAAUUAUUUCUUAAUGAGUCUAUUGUCUUGUACUUGUACCACCCUUCCUGCUAAUAUGUUCCAGUUAUUAAUUUACUGCUAUAUAAAGAAAUACUUUCUGAUGUCUACCCUGAAAUUAUCUCAUAUUCCUGAACCUCAUCCCAGUCUGACAGUCUCUUAUUAUUUCUCAGGUAUGUUUUGACUGAGUCAUAAAUUUAAUACAAUGUAAUUGUAGUAAGUGGAAUUUAUCUCAUACUUUACAUAUCUUUCAACUAUUAAAGGAAUUGUUAAAGUGU